UGCAAAUGGCGGUUCUUGCCUGCAGAAUAACUGCAUAUAGCAUUCGAAAUGUGUUGUACAUCUAAUCAAAGGAUUUGGAUUAGGUAUUUUUGAAUCCCGUGCAAUGGUCCAUUUCUAUCCUCCAAGUCGGGCAGUCAUGGUAUCAAAAGGUCACAAUGGAACACAAGGUCAGAAAGAUAUUAUCGCCAUCAGGAAUCACAUCAACGAACAAGACGGAGAGAACGGAGGACCAACUUUUGAGAAUCAUGUCUUAGAUGCCGUGGGACACUUUGGAUCAUAUCAAAGAUGGGUUUUUGCAGUUUUGACCAUGACCGACAUCCCAUCCGGAAUGUGUAUGUUGUAUUUCAUCUUUUCAAACGCCAACCCUGGCACCCGGUGCAGCCUCUUCGAGGGGAAUAAGACCUAUGAGAACAACUUUACGAUAGGAGGCGACAUUGCUUGUGUGGUGAAUGGUUCCAAGUGUGUUCAGUUCGAGUAUAAGAGUGACUACAGUUCCAUUGUAACCGAGUGGGACCUUGUAUGCGGCCGUGACUAUAUUCCAGAUUUAACCAUAACCAUACAGUUCAUUGGUCUCAUCAUUGGUGCUACCACAACCGGCCAGCUGGCAGAUUCAUACGGCAGGAAGAAACUGUGCCUUUUCUCGUUGAUGUUCAUGAUGCUGUCGCAAACCCUGGUGGGAUUUUCUGGAACGUGGGAGAUUUUUGCGGCGACAAGGUUCUUUGUCGGUGUAUUCGCUGCUGGAGCCAUUAGUUUAUCUGUUCUGUUACCCAUGGAGAUUAUUGGGCCGAAAUGGCGGCCGUUCUGCGCUGCUCUUGGUAUCUACAGUGUUGGUCACGCCAUCAUGUGUCUGCUGGCAUAUCUUACAACUGACUGGAGGAGAUUAGCGCUGGCUACUGGCAUUCUCAGUUCACCUCUUAUAUUUGCAGUUGCAUUUUUCGUACCAGAGAGCCCGAGGUGGUUGAUACAGAAAUCACGAUUUGACGAAGCAGAAGCAAUCAUAGUGAAAAUGGCUACUUUUAACAAGAAGCGACCCCCUGAUAUGGCCGGACUGAAGGAGGUGUGCACUCUCGAGGGAGAAGACAAGGAGAAGGCCAGCAGAUAUACCUAUCUGGAUCUUUUCACGACAAAGAAAUUUGCUGUUCGGACAUUGGUGAUUUUGUUCAUUUGCUUUUCGGCGUCAGAGAUCUAUUACGGCAUAAUAGUUCAGAUUAGCUCAUUUACAGGGGACAUUUACCUCAAUGCGUUGAUAUCGGCGUUGAUCACACUGCCUGCUGGUUGGGCAGUCAUACCUGUUGCAUCGUGGUUUGGUAGAAAGAAAUCGUUCCUUUUAUUCAACGUGAUUGGUGGGACCUGCAUGUUCCUGAUCAUCAUUCUUAACCGUGUGGGCUAUAUCAAGAAGAACCCUCGUCUUCUGACAGGCUUGGCUCUGGGCGGCAAAUCUGCUAUAGUGGGCAUGUGGACUAUUGCCAGCUUGUCUGCUCUUGAGCUGUUCCCUACUUUAAUGAGAGCUCUUGGAUGUGGCGCAGGGAACAUCGCUGCUCGGGUUGGAGGGAUGCUGGCCCCUCAAUUCGGUUACUUGGGAAUUCUAGUCCACUGGACACUGCCUUAUAUAAUCCACGGUUGCUUGGCAGUAGGAUGCGCAAUCUUGGAAAUCUGCUUCCUCCCAGAGACGAAUAACAUGCCACUUCCCGAGAACCCUCCUCCAAUUUCUCAUCGGCCAGGAUCCAGGCCGAAGAAAGUUCCACGAGAUCAGAAGUCAGUGCGGUUUCACUUGUUGGAACACGAGGAUGUCUUGGAUAGUGACGCGACAACGGAGGACGAGGAAGUGACGGUCUAUGAGAAACAAACUGGGUUUUGAUGUUGAUAAAUUAAUUUUUGGCAACUAUCAAUGCGUGUAUUAAAAUUGUCAAGAGGUUCUUUUUUCUGUGCCUUAUUGUCGGUGAUAUGCUAUUGACCAUAAAUUAAGUCUCCAUGCUUGUACACUUCAUUUGACUUAAAUAGUUAACAUAUUAUGCAAUUUUCAUUGUUGAUAUCCGUCCGAUGUAUGGAUGUAAAUAUUGAAUAUGAACAAAACAAAAUAAAUUGAUGAUAAAUAUUGGUUGAAUCCCGAGAACUAUGGAUAAUGGUCACUAAUUUAGUCUUAGGGCUUUAUCUCUUUCAUUCACUGUAUGUAUUCGGAUCAGGUGGAAAGAAUGGUUAGCAUCGGGAUAAAUUAAGUGAAAGUAACUGAAUGUGAACGUUCCGACACCAUA